AAUGGUAGUGUUGGAUUAUUUGAAUUGAGUUUGCUGUGAAUAAUGUGACAGUCGUGAAAUAUGUUAAGAAUUUGGGAUGCCGCGGACUCGCAGUUAUGAUACUGGAGGAAACAUACAGAGGGUUACCACAGCUUGCCGUCUUAGCGAAGAUUUUGUGCCUCCUGAUGGUGGUGAUGUGCGGGGCGGUGCCGUCAACGGUGCGCUCCGUGAGUCUUUACUCGACUUGCAGUAGAGGCAAUGUUACCGUGUAUGGACGCACGGUCAAAUCGACAGUACGCAACGAGCACAAUGCACCCUAUCAAAAAAUGACAACACAGUCGGAAGACUUCAGCAUGAAGCUGUACAUCUUCGCAGAGAAGAGCAAACGCUACAUUUGCUUCAGCAAACGAUGGAAAGUAAUCAGUCUGCCGAAAAAAAGGAGAGACGAGCGUUGUCAGUUUUACGAGAUCUACAACGGCAGGUACCUAAGGUACCGAUCGGUCGUUGACCAGAACCGCUACAUCGGAUUCAACAAGAGUGGCAAGCCGAUGACGUCGCCGCGGGGCCGCCAGGAGUGCUACAACUUCAUAAAGCUGAAUCCGUACGCGGGCGUCGAGCGCCACAACGACAUCGUCUCCUCGAACAAGGGCGGCAUGAAGCACCGCGAUCAGCUGCGACCGGAGCACGCGAGAAAGCCGCACCCGAGUGGGCCGCGAGGGACCAAGAACUCGCACCUCCUGGCCUCCGAGAGCUCCUUCGUGGCCGGUAGCAGCAGGCUGGCGCAGCUGGCGACGCAGCAUCGCCAUCGGCACUCGAACAGCUGGAAGACGAUGCGCGAGGAGGCGACGAGGAGACGAUACGAGAGUCACGGAAGUAGCAGUAGCAGCCGUAGUAGCCUCCUCGUGGAGGCCGCGGGCAGCAGGAAGUAUUGAGUCGCCGGGGCGCGGCUCGUCGAUCAAGACUGCCUCACGCGUGAGAUCCACGAGACUCUCCACGAUAAGAAGCUGAUGGCGGGGACGAUGCCAACGGGCACGACGAGGACGAGCGCGACGUUGCCGGCGCACGCCGCUACCGCCCUCGCCGCCGCCCACGCCCCG